AUGUUCAAAUCCAACAAGAGCCAGCGUCGGCCCUCGGGCAACGCCGGACCAGCCUUUGCAAAGGUGGAUGCCGCCGGCAUGACCGCCACUAUGCUUGCCGGCAACUCGGCUGCUUGGACCAAGUCGUUUGAAUUUGAUCACUUUGGCGACAAGAAAAAAGUCUCGCGAGGUGAUUCAGCGGACGACUUGCUCUCCAACGUAAACCAGGAUCUGCUCAAUCCGACCAUCGACGAAGAAGCCUGGAGUGCGCCCUGGUACCUUGCCAAGAUGACCAACACUGCCGUUAUGAAGACGCUGCAGCAUCAGCCCGAUGGCGCCUUUAUCAUUCGCGACUCGCCAGCCACGGCCGGCUCCUUCGCCUUGGCUUAUCGGCAUCAAAACGAAACCCACCACGCGCUCAUUCACAACACGGCCCAAGGUUUGGUACUGGGCAAAUCGGAAGAGCCCCUUUCCUGUCUCUCCGAGCUUGUUCUUCGAUUCAGUCAGCACUACGAUGUUCAAAGUGAUGGCCCGCACCUCUCCUGUCCCUUGGAUCCAGCUGUUUUGGCCCCGACCGAAAAUGAAGCCCCGGCCAAUCUCUUGUCGACAGAGCACAACCUGCCCAACGCUGAAGAGGAUGUCUCUGCACUUCUGACCCGCGCAGAUGAGAGCGGCAAUCUCAUCAAUCUCAGCGCCACCACGGGGGCCCAAGUGGCCAUGAGCGGCCCCGUUGUGCCCUCCCGCCGCUCCAAGCCGUCGCGUGGCGUGUCUUCAGGCACCAACGAUGGUCUUGUUGCUUCAGCGGGCGUAUCGCCCAGCAUGCGGGGCGUGCGUCACUGCCCACACUGCAACGCAAAGCAAAGCGCCAAACAGAACAUGUGCUCUGCCUGUUCGCGGCCCAUGGACGGAGAAGAAGUUCCGCCUCCAGCGCCUGUCACCGCCGCUCCCACCGGCCCAACCCGAGGGGCUGUCGUGAUUGUCACCGAUGAAGACGAAGAGGACAAGAGCAAGAACGAUGAGAUUCACGAUGGAUACGCUCCCAUGACGACCCCAGUUAGCUUUUUGAACAAGAGCAAGCGCAAGAGCAAGCGCAAUCAGGAUAUCCAGGUCAUCGUGGCCCCACCCACCAUGGCUCUUCGAGGUAUCCUGAACGAUGGCUCGCGCCUAAGCUCCAACCACCACGUGACCUUUUCCGAAGAAAACAUUGCCGGGACGCUCAAAGAAUCGCUUUUUGCUCGUGGCAUCUACUGUCGCUUGGAUGAUCUCUCCUUCCAUGCCGGCUACUACUAUAGCGAAAAUAUCGAGCGCCCGGAACGGGCCACCAACAAGCUGCAAGGCUGCGCUGAGGGUGCUUUUGUCGUGUACGAUGACCAAAAGUCGGAAAACCAUCUCCUGCUCACCUAUGUGGCACCCUCGGGUCAGCCCGCGCACGCGAGUAUCGAACACGACGAGGCAGGGGCCUGGCUACAGCUUCAAGACGUGGCCACCACGCUUGUGCCACGCUUUCACUAUGUCAGCGAGCUGGUUCGCCAUUAUUGCUCUUCCAACUCGGACCCGCCCGAGCUCCUGUCACUCUCGCAGGAGCAGGAAGAGGCACGCUGUCCGAGCCGCUAUGUCUACGCUCUCUCAUCUCUGACCACCAUGGCUAUUUUCCAAGCCUUCCUCAACGGCGAGGGAGCCGAUUUCAACGCCGAACUGCAGCACAAGGCUGAGGCCGUGCUACCCAGCAAGCCUCAAAAGGGUCACCAAGGCCCAUACAUGGAUCUCAAGGCGCUCAAGACUUUGCGCGAUGGACAAGCCGUUGCAGCUGCCGAAGCGGAACGUGCGGCCGCCGAGGAAGCUGCAGCCUUGGCCCAGGCCGAGGCAAGUGCGGACAAGAAUGAGGAGGACGAGAGGCGAAGCGGGGGCAAAAGUCCAGAGUCACCGCCGAGUGAGGCCACGCCUCCGUGGUACAAGCCCGAAAUGUCGCGCGCCGAAGCAGUGGCGCUCAUUGAAUUUGAGCCCACCGGUAGCUUUGUGGUUCGUGACAAUAUGGACGAGCCCGGGCGCCACAUCGUGACCUACGUCCUGAAUGGUGCUCUGCACCAUCACGAGAUUGAGCGUCUACCAGACAACGGGGGCUACUGCCUGACUGAGCUGCGCAACUUUGCGCGUCCUACUUUGCGGGAGCUGAUUGAGUUUUACGGCUCGAGCGAAGGCCAUGAUCUCCAACAUUUGGAAGCACGGCUGCGUCUGCCACGCCAAGGCGAUCAAGCCCGGGCCAACGCCUCAUUCCGAGGCCUUCAAGAUCCAUCAACCCUGACGGAGAAGCCGGCAUGGUUGCAAACCAACAUGCCCAAGGCGGCGGCUCUCCAAGUCAUUGCGGGCAAGCCCGAUGGCGCCUUUGUCGUUCGCAGCAGCGAAUCGCGCACUGAUUGCUACGUACUCAGCUACAUGUUCCGAGGCCAGGUUCAUCAUGAGCUCGUUCGCAUGGUUGGCGAUGAUCAGAAGGUGUUUUUCCUGAACAACGCCCCCCAUCACACCUUCCAAUCGCUGCAAAACCUGAUUGAGUUCUUUGAGGCACCGCGUCGCGAGCUCAAGCAUCCGUUGCAUCCAGGCCUAGUCAGCCAGCAGGAAAGCAUGAUGCGUCGAGGGCCAAGCCGCCGCUCCAUGCAGCAUUCAGCCUCGCAGCGAAGCUCUACUCGCGUGCCACCGCAUGGACCGCCGCGUAGCGGUGCCGUGCCACCCAUGCUCCGCAAGGGCUCGUCUCGUGCCCUACUGGACCCCAAUGCCGCCGUUCCGGCAGCCGCUCGCUCUGCCAGCCGACGUCGCUCCCAUCAUCGCCACUUGGCCGGUGAAAGCGUGGGCAACCGCUUGGACCAACGUGCCGCGACCUCCAAUUGGUGCUGCCUCAAUUUGAGCCGCGAGGAAGCUUUGGCGCGUUUGCCCCACAAGGAGGGCGCUUUCAUCGUGCGCAAGAGCAACGAUAAUUUUGCGACUCUGACCAUGGUCGCCAACGGCAAGCAUUUCCACGUUCAAGUUCACGACUCAACGUUGGGUCUGCACCUGAAAAAGUCGACGGCCUACCAACCGAAUCUCUCUGCCCUGGUCGCGUUCUACAUGAUUGCCGGCCAAACCGACCUACCUCGGCCGCUUGUGUCUUGGUAG